AUGGAGGGCGAAAAGAAGAGGCUCGAUAGUCCGUCUCUCUAUACUAUUGGAUGGAUCGUGGCCCUGGCCAUUGAGCAAGCAGCAGCAAGGGCACUACUGGACGAGGAACACUCUGAACCAAACAACUUUCACCCAUCUCUUUCGGAUACAAAUAAUUAUAUCUGGGGUAGUGUAGGACAACACAACAUCGUCAUUGCGUCUCUACCAGCAGGAGUCUAUGGAACAACCUCCGCUGCUACCACCGCCUCGGACCUUGUGCAUUCUUUGCCGCAAAUCCGGUUUGGUCUCUUGGUCGGUAUUGGUGGAGAUAUAGCCAGACCUAACGACGAUCAGGACAUUAGACUUGGCGAUGUUGUUGUCGGUCAGCCGUAUGGUGUUACUGGAGGCGUCGUGCAAUACGAUUUUGGCAAGGCGAAAUCGAGUGGAGGUUGGGAACGGACAGGCUCGAUUGACAAACCACCUGCAGUUCUAUUGAAAGCCCUGGCCAACUUGCAGGCCGAGCAUGAGAUACGACCUUCCAAAAUACCGCGAAUCCUCACGGCUAUGCUGAAAGCUAACCCUGGUAUGACACGACCCAGUAGUAACUUCACCUACCAGGGCUCAGAGAACGACCGUCUUUUCCCAUCAGACUAUGAGCAUAUUGGCGAGAAGACAUGUACGAAGUGCGAUGUAUCUUGCAGAAUCUAUCGUGAGGAACGGGAAACCACAGACCCGAUGAUCCAUUAUGGAGUUAUUGCUUCGGGCAACACUCUUAUCAAGGACGCUAAGUUCAGAGAUAGCCUCGCAGAGAGCAUGGGCCAUCGAUGCCUGUGUGUUGAGAUGGAAGCCGUAGGCUUGGUUGAUAAGUUUCCAUGCCUUGUUAUUCGGGGAAUUUGUGAUUAUGCCGAUAGCCACAAGAAUGAUCAGUGGCAGAGAUACGCAGCAUCUACCGCUGCGGCAUUUGCUGUAGAGCUUCUGGGCUUUGUUCCUGCGCGGCAACUCAAAGAGUCCCCACGAGUUCUUGAGAUACUCGAGUCACUGGAAGGCAAGAUGGACUCCAUGAACCAUCGAAUGCAACAAACUGAUCUCACUUCAACCCUUGACCAACUACCCUUUGUAGCUGAAGCUCUAUUCAACUCUUACGCCGAGGAACAUAGCCCGGUGUGCCUACCAGAGACGCGAGUAGAGCUUCUCGCUGAGAUAGACAAAUGGGCUGAGCGUUCCAAGUCAAAGACCAUAUUCUGGCUGAAUGGUAUGGCGGGCACAGGGAAGUCAACCAUUUCACGUACUGUUGCACAGCGGCAGUUGGAGAGAGGCUAUCUUGGUGCAAACUUCUUCUUCAAAAGAGGAGAGGGAGCCCGUGGGAAUAUGCCGAAGCUUAUUCCUACUCUGGCACGCCAAAUAGCAACGCACAUCCCUGGUAUGACCAGUUUCAUCAAAAAGGCCAUCGAUGCCGAUCCGAUGCUCCCAACGAAAACGCUCGGGGAGCAGUUUGAGAAGCUUUUCAAAGAGCCUCUCAAGAAAUGGGCAGCCUCUUCAUCAGGUCCAAGGUCCCUUGUCAUUGUCAUAGAUGCUCUUGAUGAGUGCGAAGACUCAUUCCAAAUCAAACGCAUAAUUUCCCUCUUUGCCGAACUAGAAUCUCUAGAUUCGCUGAAACUCAGGGUCUUUAUCACGAGCAGACCAGAACUUCCGAUUCUGCUUGGAUUCCUAGAUAUCAACGGCACGUACGAGAGCCUCGAGCUCCACAGCAUUUCACAAGACAUCAUGGAGCACGACAUAUCUAUCUUUCUCCAACAUGAAUUGCGCAUAAUACGGCAUGACUUCAAUUCCAUGGCUCGCAGUGGCCAAAAGCUAGCUGAGCAAUGGCCGGGCACAGUCAAGAUCAGGCAGCUUGUUUCCAUGACACAACCUCUGUUCAUCGCGGCGGCAACUGUUUGUCGGUUCCUGAAUGAUGCUACUCUCGGUGGGCCUGAUGAGCUCUUAGUAAACAUUCUUGGGUCUAGUAGCCGCAUGCAUAUGUCUCGGCUCAAUGACAUCUAUUCCUCCAUUCUCGCUUCACAGGUGGUCAAUAGACCGAGGAGAGAACGGGAAGAGAUUAUCCAUAGCUUCCAAUCGAUCGUUGGCGCUAUCGUCACAUUAGCAACGCCGUUGACAAUUACUUCUCUAUCGUUAUUACUUAACAUUCCAGCCACGACAAUUGAUAUGAGGAUCAAGGUUCUUCAGUCUGUUCUCAACGUACCCAAAACCCCAGAAGUCCCUGUCAGGAUCCUACAUCUAUCAUUCAGGGAUUAUCUUGUGGAUCCUGAUUUACAAGAAGCUACGGAAUUCUGGGUGGACGAAAAGGCUACACACGGGAGACUCGCCAGUCGUUGCCUCUUCGUCAUGGACUCGAUACUUCAUGAAAAUAUAUGCAAACUACCCUUUCCGGGAACAUCUCCAUCUGAGGUUGAAGAGCUGGAUCUGCAAGAGUUCAUCCCUCCUGAACUUCACUAUGCUUGUCAUUACUGGGUACACCAUUUUGUAUCUUCCGACACCGGAGAGUGCAAGGUCCAUGAAAUUUAUCCUUUCUUGGAAGCGCACCUGCUCCAUUGGUUGGAAGCCAUGAGUCUCCUUGGUCAUCUGACUGACUCCCUAACUAUGUUGCAUACAUUAGAUACAUGGCUAGAGGGGUAUUCCUGUGACAAUCUUUCGGACCUUGUGAAAGAUUCUUUAAGAUUCAUCCGAACUCAUCUUUCCAUUAUUGAAGAAGCUCCGCUGCAAGUCUAUUCGUCAGCAAUAGUAUUCUCACCAACAAAUAGUAUCGUGAGACGUCUUUUUGCAAGUCAAGUCCCAAAGUGGCUUCUAGCCUGGCCAGCAGUGGAGGAUGAGUGGGGACCAUGCUCUUUGGUAAUAGGUCACGGUGCUACAGUCAAGUCAGCCAUCUUCUCGCCUGAUUCAAAAACCAUUGCAUCGAUAUAUGCGGAUAACACAAUCCGAAUUCUUUCAACGAAGACCGGUAAAUGCGAGCAUGUAUUAGCGGGGCAUUAUGGCGAAAUCCAGUCAAUCGUCUUCUCGCAAGAUUCCGAGAUCCUUGCCUCAUGCUCAACUGGUGGUACGGUACGAAUAUGGAAUCUGCAGACGGGAGACUGUGACGAAGUCCUGAAGUAUCCAUCACCUACGGGAAAGGCCUUUGCCUUCUCUCGAGACUCAAAGGUCUUGCUCACAGCAAGUGGAAACCAAUUCGUAAGAAUCUGGAAGACACAAACUUGGGAGCAUCUCAUUCUGAGUGGACAUGCAGGAGCGGUAAACUCAGCUGUCAUUUCACAUGACUCUAAGGUGCUAGCCACGUCCUCGGAUGAUGCAACAGUAAGACUAUGGAACACACAAACUGGCAGAUGCGAGAUAAUAUUGAAGGGCCAUACAGGCAAGGUCAAUAUAGCGGCCAUCUCGCCCGACAACCAAGUGCUUGUCUCUGCUUCUGUCGACCAAACCUUACGGAUCUGGGAUCUAGAUGCGAUUAAAUGCAAAAAGGUGCUCAGGGGCCAUGAUUGUGAUGUCCAAUUAGCGGUAUUCUCUCCUGACUCACGCAUGAUAGCUUCCGGAGAUGCUGAGGGCCGCAUAGGGAUCUGGGAUGCUUGGAACGGAGAAUUCAUGCACGAACUAAAAAGCUCGUAUGACGGGAAAUUCGAGUCGCUGAUGUUUUCAGAAGACGCGACAAAACUUAUUACCAUCCUUAGCACACGAACCGCUCUGAUACACGAUAUUCAGAGCAAAAAUUGUGAACCUGUCUUUGACUUCUCAUCCUCAAGUUCAAAUUGGUCAGUUGAGUUUUCUCAUGACUUGACAAUGAUUCUUACAGCUUCUUCGGACGACAAUACUGUCCGAAUAUGGGACCCUCACACUCAAAGAGAAGGCCUCAAAAGUGCCAAAAGAAGGAAUAACAAGGUCCUCGAAAUUGAAGCAUCACCAAAUGGGAGAUCAGUGGUAUUGUAUACGGUGGGCGGCCGUGAAGUUUGGUCUCGUCGCCGAAACAAAUUCGAAUGCCUGCUGGUAAGCGGCAGAGGAUUCAUCCAGUUCUCACCUGAUUUCGCCACGGUCAUUAUUUCCGAUGAAAGGUCUAUUACGAUGUGCAACGUGGAACCGGGGAACUACACUUGUUGCUUCGACAUUAGCAGCGUGGUUACGUUAUGCUUUUAUUCGGAGGAUUGCAAGACCCUGGUGACACACCACAAGGAUCGCACCCUCUGUUGUUGGCAUUUGGAAUAUCAUAACUAUAAACGCCUUCUAUGGAAACACUAUAUUGAUACUAAUCGAGGUUCCUUUGAUAGGCCAAGAAGUGGGGACGUUAUUCUUCACGGCAGCGUUGUUCAUGUGGUUAUACAUCCUCGCCAAAGGGUGCGUUCGUCUCCCACCUGGCCGGUUCUAAGACGGGAUCAUACGUGGAUCACGAUCGGCAACGAGAAAUUCUUCAAGCUCUCCCCAGAGUGUCUAAACGCCGAAGUCAGCAUAUGGGGGAGGAUAGCUGUUGUGGACUGUAUUUCUGGAAGACGUAUUAUUUCAAGCUUUGAUGUUGGUGAGGCUGGGCUGCCGCCGUCUUGCAAGGGAACGGAGGAGGGUAAGGAUGAUUUUGACCUUUAUAAAAUCCUUACGGAAGGGGAGAGGUAUCUAGAUGAUUCUGACUUUUACAAGAUACUGGAGUAUUCUUUUUGA